AAAAGUUAUUAAGCAAAAGAAAAAGGAAAUCCUCUUCUCCUCGUCCGCGACGAGUCGGUUGGUACUCGGUACCCGCUCUCCACAAGUGUUUUCCUCGCGCCUCGUCAAGAAGCUUAACGUCUCAAAAUUCCAUAGAGGGAAAACCCUAGAAGAUUGAACUCCACCUGAGCUUGGUCGUUUGGAGUUUGAAAGAAUGGCAACUCUUGCUGAUUCUUUCCUUGCAGACCUUGAUGAACUAUCUGACAAUGAAGCAGAUCUUCUUGAGGAAGAUGAUGUUGAUGCUGGAAAUAUGGAGGAAGAUGUCGAUGGGGACAUGGCGGACAUAGAAACUCUUAACUAUGAUGAUCUUGAUAGCGUUUCAAAAUUGCAGAAAACCCAGAGAUAUCUUGAUAUUAUGCAGAAGGUGGAAGAUGCACUCCAAAAAGGUUCUGAUAUCACAAAUCAUGGAAUGGUUUUGGAAGAUGAUCCUGAAUACCUGCUGAUUGUGGACUGUAAUGCUUUGUCAGUUGACAUUGAGAAUGAAAUCGUUAUUAUCCACAAUUUUAUUCGUGACAAGUAUCGGUUGAAAUUUCCUGAGCUUGAAUCACUUGUGCAUCACCCAAUCGAUUAUGCUCGUGUUGUUAAGAAGAUCGGGAAUGAAAUGGAUUUGACACUGGUUGAUCUGGAAGGGCUUCUACCCUCAGCUAUUAUUAUGGUUGUGUCAGUUACAGCAUCAACUACAAGUGGCAAGCCACUUCCCGAAGAAAUUCUUAAUAAGACAAUUGAUGCAUGUGAUCGAGCUCUUGCUCUUGAUGCAGCAAAGAAAAAGGUCCUUGAUUUUGUAGAAAGUAGAAUGGGAUAUAUUGCGCCAAAUCUUUCUACAAUUGUCGGGAGUGCUGUUGCAGCUAAACUUAUGGGGACUGCUGGUGGUCUUGUAGCGUUAGCUAAGAUGCCUGCUUGUAAUGUUCAGCUUCUAGGUGCAAAGAAAAAGAACCUUGCUGGAUUUUCUACUGCAACAUCACAAUUUCGUGUGGGUUAUAUGGAGCAAACAGAGAUAUUUCAAUCUACACCUCCAUCUUUGAGGAUGCGUGCUUGUCGGCUCUUGGCUGCAAAGUCAACACUUGCAGCAAGAGUAGAUUCCACCAGAGGUGAUCCAUCAGGGAAUACUGGAAGAAACUUACGAGAAGAGGUCCGUAAGAAAAUUGAGAAGUGGCAAGAGCCACCUCCUGCAAAGCAACCUAAACCACUUCCAGUGCCUGAUUCUGAGCCUAAAAAGAAGAGAGGUGGUCGUCGACUGAGGAAGAUGAAGGAAAGAUAUGCGAUAACAGACAUGAGGAAGCUGGCGAAUAGGAUGCAAUUUGGUGUACCUGAAGAGAGUUCUUUAGGGGAUGGACUGGGAGAGGGUUAUGGAAUGCUCGGUCAGGCUGGGAGUGGCAAGCUGCGUGUAUCAGUUGGUCAGAGCAAGCUUGCUGCAAAAGUUACUAAGAAAUUUAAGGAAAAGAAUUAUGGAAGUAGUGGUGCUUCGUCAGGAUUGACUUCAAGUUUAGCAUUUACUCCAGUGCAGGGGAUAGAGCUCACAAAUCCACAGGCUCAUGCACACCAGCUUGGCAGUGGAACUCAAAGCACAUACUUCUCUGAGACAGGAACAUUUUCAAAGAUCAAGCGGACCUGAAUCUUCUUAUGUUGCUCUCCUCUCCUUUGUAAGAUGUUUCUUUGGCGUGAAAUGCGAAUGAGUUUGAAAUACAAGGAACUCAGUAAUUAACAGUGGCCAGAUUGUAACCAAAGAUGUGAACAUUUUGUCAGAGAUUUCUUUUCCGAAAAUGAUAGAGAAAAACAUGAUACUUGAA